CAGUAUACUAGGAAAGGUUAUUUUACAUUGUAUAUACGUUAUGUCGUCAACAGAAAGGGGAAUCCCCAGAUUGUGUAUUUCAAUAACAAACAUGAACAGUAGAUCGAUAAUAUUAAUCAUUACUGAUAUACAUUUAAACUGGCUGCACAACAAUAAUACAGACAGAGACGUAACAGUCAAAAACAAACGGCUUACUGGAUUGACCGGAAAACAACACGUGUUAGACUCACAACUGGUCAGCAAAGACCUGGAGUGUGGAGAUUUAACAUACAAACCACCACAAGCACUAUGGGAAACCGUAAAAGUAAAGGACUAUUGAGGUCGUGUAAGGAUGGUGAUUAUGAUAGCAUUGUGUCGUUGCUGAAACGUGGAGCCGACGUUGAAUAUACCGAUUCAUAUGGUAAUACACCACUACUUACAGCUAUCAAGAAUCAUCAUACAAAUUGUGUAAAGUUGUUACUGAAUAAUGAUUAUUCCCCUGCCAAUACAGAACACAGGGACCAGACUGUGAACACACCUUUAAUGAUGGCAGCAAAUAAUGUAGAUAUUGUCAGAUUGUUGAUAAACAAUGGGUGCCAAUUAAAUAAAACGAACGAAUGUAAGAAUUCUGCACUACACCUGGCUGUCCAAUUUAAAAAUGUUAAAGUUGUUAAAUUACUUGUGUACAGUGGUAUUGAUGUUAACCUCACUAACAAGAAAGGUGAAACAGCACUGGACAUUGCUACAACUCUUCGCAACGCAGCUAUAUUCGGUGUAUUAAAAGAACUUCUCGGUUCCGAUAAUGUGAACCCUGUUUGGCAGAAAUGUAUGGAGUAUUCUGCGUCACAUCGUGACAUAACAUCGGCGACUAAAUUAAUCCAACAGGACACUCCAAUGCUUGCUGCUUCCUUACUUGAAUGCGCUUACCGUAAACAAGACAUGACAAUGGUGGACACUUUAAUAGACGCUGGUCUUCGCCAGAAUUACAACCCCACCAGAUUUAAGGUGGACACGUUUUUACAUAAAUGUAUGGAGUAUUCUGUGAGUUAUUGUGACAUAAAAUCGGUCACAAAAUUAAUCCAACACGGUACGCCUGUCAAACCCUCCUUACUGUCAGACGCUUAUUGUAAUGGAGACCUUGUAAUGGUGGACACAUUAAUACAAGCUGGUCUUCACCAGAAUCACGAUCAGACCAGAUUUACAGCUUUCAUCUAUUAUUCUGUGUCAUAUAGAGAUACUGAGCGGGUUAAAAAAUACAUCAAAUAUGCCAGUCCCUUCGGUGCUCUGGAGGAUGGUCGGUCGUUAUUAGAUGUCGCAUAUCAUGCUGAAAACUAUGACAUGGCGGGAAUUUUACUCCAAAAUGGCCAUGAACUGACUUUUGGCAAUUGUUUAAGAGCAUUAAAUUUGCAUCUUAACCAAUACAAUCGCUUUAAACACAGUAUCGUAAUAAUUAAACAUGUAAUACAGUAUGGUAUAGCCCACAUGUAUCGUUGGCGAACACAGUUCAUGCCCCCCAAAAUACGUCUUGAAUACGACGUAGAUCUUUGCGUAUUUGAGAAUAUCAACAUACUGUACUUGUUGUACAUGUCCAACUUAAUAAAAAACCACGAGUUACACCAUAGACUCUCACAGCUGUCUAUAGCCUUUAAUUACCAUGUAAUUGUAAACAAAUUACAAAACAUGGCUUCCGAUCGGGCGCCAUAUCUUAGUCCCUCGCUAAAAGCAUUACAAGAACUUGCUUCAAGUCCUAUGCCCCUUGUUUGUAUAACCCGUAAUGUGAUUUGUGAAUCCCUAGGUCCGCCUAAUAUGUGGUUUAAUGUAGGGUUAUUGCCCCUGCCUGAUAAACUUAAAUCGUUUCUAAGAUAUGAAGAUAUCCUUAUGAAAAUUUCGUUCAGAUACAAUUUUUGUGCCACAACAUUAAAUGGAAUUCCACAAGGAACUGUCGAUGCUUGAGAUUCAGAACGUGUUUAACAUGUAGCCACAGAUUCGGAAGUCUUCGGGAACUUUGUGAUGGAAUUUGUUGAAACCAUGCUCACGAAUGAAACGACAAACCCUGAAUGGUUACAUGAAUGUUGACCAACCAUUCGGCCAUCCAACUCCCCGAAUGUUGACCAACCAAAGAUGCUAGCAAGGAGUUGUAUACUGUUUUUUAUAUGUAAAUAAUAAAUACAGGUAAAUUGCCUUUGUGAUAACGGGAGAUAUAGGAGUAGGCUUAGAUUAGUUAGCCAUCAUUGCUACAUUAUGGUCAUCUGCCAACUAAUUGAAUCUUACAAACAUCUGCAUUUCUCCAAUAAUAUAACGUUUGAAAACUUAAUUUCAUAAAUUGCUAGGCUACCAAAAUAAAGCUUAUCACAAAAAUAUAAUAACGGUAAACUUAAUUUUAACUUCAGUGGGAAAUGUUUUUAAAAAAAACGAGAAUAAAUGGGAAUCUAAAUUUCAAAUCAGCAAAGAUAUGGAUUGGUGGAAGUAUGUAUAUACUCAAACCUUUAUAUUUACUACUGACAUGAAACUAAAUUUGUUUCAGUUCCGGGUAAGUCAUAAAAUAGUUGCUACAAAUUUGCUUUGAUGUAAAAUUCGUAUUAAACAUUGCGAACUGUGUCCAGCAGACUAUUGUACAGUUUAAUAGAUACCAGGAGAUAAGAGGAUUUUACAUAGCCUAAGCCUGUUCCCCAAUCCCAUUCAGACAACCUGAAUAAAAUAUUGUUUUAAACAAAAGUUGGUUAAUAAUAGAACAAAUAUUAUAAUAGUUGAUAGUAUCAAUCACCAGACAUUGUACAAACUCUAACAUUAUGUUAUAAUAGUUGAUAGCACCAAUAA